AUGGAUUCUUCCCAGUCCAAGUACAUGGCCGAGCCGCCAGAUGGUCAAGGACGAUUCGAUGCGGGCACCAUCACUACCGGGGCACUGGCGUUGGGUGGAACGCUGACCUCACUUUCCAUCAUAUUCGUCGGCUUGCGAGCCUUCACCAGGCUAUCCUUAGUGAGACGAGGGCUUGGUCCCGAUGACUAUCUUAUCGGCAUCUCGCUGGCUUUGGCCAUAAUCUUCUAUGGGCUCUCCGUCAAAUUGUGCGAGCUCGGCGUGGGUACCCAUCUGUGGCAAGUCGAGCGAGCUGACUAUUCACCUUCAUUCCUGCUUCAUAGCAUCAUUGCGAUCGCCGUCUACUCACUCAGCGUAACCACUGCAAAGCUGUCACUCCUCGUCUUGUACUUGCGUUUAUCUCCCGAGAGGUGGUUUAGGAUCGUAACAAUGACCCUCAUUGGCUUUGCAUCCUCAUACGCGCUGGCUUACCUCUUUCUCAUCGUCCUCGGCUGCAGGCCAAUCCAGGCUUCAUGGAAUCUUUCAGCUAGAGAGGGAGCGAUAUGCAUCGACAAAAACACAGUCUACUUGGUUCUCAGUGCUACCAAUAUUAUCAUGGACGUCGUGUGCCUUGUCCUUCCUCUGAAGAUCAUUAUUCCUCUGCAGAUGGCAGCACGACAAAAGCUAUCGCUGAUCCUGCUAUUUGCAACAGGGGGCUUUGUCUGCAUAUGUGCCAUCAGACGUACCAUCCUUCUACCGCCUCUGUUCAAAAGCACUGAUUACACUUUUGACAUCGACAAGCAAUUGAAUUGGGCAUCAGUCGAAGUCAACGCUGGGAUCGUAUGCGCCUCCGUUCCGGCACUCAAACCCUUCUUCGUGCGCUAUCUGCCCAUGUUUGUCACUUCGCACAUCACCGCACGCGCCUCCAGGUCGAAGAAGACAAACCCAAAUUAUCAAAACUACCAAAACUCGAAUCCCUACUCGACCACAAUCGAAGCUAACAAAAGAAGGCGGAACGUUCAGUUGGAGGCGUACGAGCUGCAUUCUCGUGAUGAUUUAUCGCUAUCUUCGAAUGAUAUGCCGAAGAAUGGGUCCAGAGAAGAUGUUGUAAAGCUUUGGUCCGGAAAUACCUUUCGAAAAGACAGCAAGAGUCACCGCGAGACCAUUAUCGAGUCGAACCCGAGGAACCCAAAUGAUAGUGGCUCAACUAUCAUAGACGAAAUACAGCCGGUAGCGGAAAACAUUUCAAGAGGAGACCCGCCGCAAAGAGUGGUGAGUAUGAGUGGAAUAAUGGUCAUCACAGAGACGCGGGUCGAGUAUGAGGUGCCAUGGCCGGAUCAUCGCAGUCCCAGGGAAUGA